AUGUCUUACCUUUCUCUUGGUCUCAACUUGCCCGCGAUGUUUGUACUAGACCCUUGGUGUAUGUUGCAGAAAGCUGCUGCUAGUCAAUCACAACAGGUUGCUUAUGCAGCUUUGCUUGUCAGACUUCAUUCUAGCCAAAGACUUAUCACCGAGGCCCCUUUCUCAACUGAAGAGAUCAUCGCAUCUCCCGUUCAGAGCGAGCUUGAAAUUUGUGUGGCCGCCGUGUCUACUUCCAUCGCUGACCAGUCCAUGGCGACACGCUCUAUCGAAUCCGCAUGGUCAUUCGACGUAUUGGCCACUAAUUUGCUCGUUCUCAGUCAACCAACGACUUCUGCUGUCCCAACCGAUGACUCCGAGUUAUCUUUUUGCAACCAGGUCGAAGAACAAGCUCAGUUCAACGAUUUUUUCCAACAAGAGAGUGAUCAUUCUUGUCUUGACCUGAGUUUCGACUUGGAAGCCUCAUUUGGUGAUCAUCACACGUCGGUCCACUUCAACAAUGAAUUUGAUUUCGAGACCUCAUUUCAAGGAGAAAACGACUCUUCUAUGGGGGAGUGCUAUUUUUCUGAAGAUUCCCUUGAGGUUCAGUCGGUCCAACCGCUCUCAAACCCCCUUCAAACAUCAUCGUCUGGCGUCGCAACUCUUUCUCAAGAAGAAACCCCUCAUUUUGAGAUCUACAAUCAAAUGCUCGAAGACUUACUCGGAUUUUCUGACCUCAUGUCUUUCGAGCCGGUUUCCACUCCGUUGCCUUCCAAUUUAUCCGAACCGAACUCGCUCGCAUCCACGACAGCUCAUGUUGAGGCGGACAUGCAAGAAUCGUCCGAAUCCCUCAUAGAAAACUCUAUCAUGAGCUUCUAUUCGAGGUCUGAGCUAGAAAACUUUUUCGCGGAUAUGAGUCAUCAGUUUGAGCUUAAUCUCGGUCUUGAUGACGAGGCUUCUUUCGGCGACCAACACCUCUCGGUCCAUGUGAAUGAGUUCUAUCUCGAAUCUUCAUGUGAAAUAGAAAAUCACGUUCACCUUGAUAGGAGUCAUUGCCUUGAAGAGUCUUUUGACGUCCAAGAAGCAAAUAACUCAGCUGAGGACGAAACUCGUUUGGAGAUCUACAAUCAAAUGCUACAAGAUCUGCUUGGUUCUGCCCUCAAUUCAAUGGAAUCGACCGCAACACCUUCAUCCUCUUCAACAGUCAAGACUUUUAUAAGACCUCGACGUCACAAAUCAUCUAACCUCACUAUUUCAGAACUGUCGAAGAGCUGUUCAACCUCAUCAUUAGAAUCUACAUCCGAUCUAUGUGAUUCAUGUGAUAGUUCUCCGGAAGCUGAGGCAAUCGAUUUCUCUUCAUCACCUAAAGAAAUUCUAGGGAACUCUUUUCACUCAAUACAUAUCACUGAUGAACUUGAAGAUCACUUUAUAGAAGAUGGAAAGCAUUCUUUUUGUCUUGGUGAUCAGAGUCUUGAUAUUGAUAUGCUCUUGAAGGAUUUGGAUUUGAACCAUUCAUUUUGUUUUGAUAUCAGUCACUCUUCUUUUGAUCUUGACACUUAUCUUGAACUUGAACCAUAA